AUGGUUCAACAACCUCCGUAUAAAAUUCAGAAAGAAGAUCUAUUACGUGAGGAUGAAACGAGCGACAAUAAUUUUUAUUCAACACCACGAUUUGUUCAUCAUAUUGAUGAUCGAGCACGUUUCAUAUUAUCAAGAUUUUAUAAACAUAUGAUUGUACAACAGCAAGAAACACAAACACUUGAUAUAUGUUCAUCCUGGACAUCUCACUUACCACAGGAUUGGAUAGGUAAAGUUCAUGGACUCGGAAUGAAUGAAUUAGAAUUAAAACAUAAUCCGUCAUUGAAUAAUGGUUAUACUGUUCAAGAUUUGAAUUGUGAUCCAAAACUAAAUUAUUCUUCUGACACUUUCGACGCUGUUAUUUGUUCAAUGAGUAUUGACUACCUCAUUCAACCUCUUGAAGUCUUUAAAGAAAUAUCACGUAUACUUAAAUCAGGUGGCAUCUUUAUAACAUCAUUUAGUAAUCGAUGUUUUUCAACAAAAGUCAUUGGACGUUGGUUAUACAUGUCGGAAAUAGAUCGUGUUUACUGGGUAGGAAAUUAUUUUUUAUCGUCGUCUGAUUUUAAUCAUCAAACAUUAUGUGCUUAUUCCAUAUUUGAUAAUAUCAAACAGCAAGAUAAUUUUUUCGAUCCGAUGUAUGUUGUAUUUGGAUACAAAAAAUAA